CCGCCCCUGAGGGCUCCCGGCAGCCAUCUUGGGGUGCGGGGCGGGCUGGGUUUUGUAAAAUUAAUUCGUUUUGAUUUAAACAACGACAACAAAAUCGUUGUGGCGUUUUAACCCCAGCUGGCUGCCGAGCACCGCGUAGCCACUCACUUGCUCGCCCACAAGUGGAAUCAAGAGACAAUCAGAAGGUUGCGUGACAGAUCCAGCCUACCCUUGAGCAAAAAUGGAAGCUAUCAAGAAAAAGAUGCAGAUGUUGAAGUUAGACAAGGAGAAUGCCAUUGACAGAGCAGAGCAGGCUGAGACAGAUAAGAAGGCAGCUGAGGACAAAUGCAAGCAGGUAGAAGAUGAGCUGGUAGCUCUGCAGAAGAAGCUGAAAGGAACUGAAGAUGAGCUGGAUAAAUACUCAGAGGCUCUUAAAGAUGCCCAGGAAAAACUGGAGCAGGCUGAGAAGAAGGCCACUGAUGCUGAAGGGGAGGUGGCAGCUCUGAACAGACGCAUCCAGCUCGUGGAAGAGGAGUUGGAUCGUGCCCAGGAACGACUGGCCACAGCCCUGCAGAAACUGGAGGAGGCUGAGAAAGCAGCAGAUGAGAGCGAGAGAGGAAUGAAGGUUAUUGAGAACAGAGCAAUGAAAGAUGAAGAGAAAAUGGAAAUUCAGGAAAUGCAGUUGAAGGAGGCCAAGCACAUUGCUGAAGAAGCCGACCGCAAGUAUGAGGAGGUCGCCCGUAAACUGGUUAUUUUGGAGGGUGAACUGGAAAGAGCUGAGGAGCGUGCAGAGGUGUCUGAAGUUAAAUGCAGUGACCUCGAAGAGGAGUUAAAGAACGUCACAAACAACCUGAAAUCUUUGGAAGCUCAAUCUGAAAAGUACUCGGAAAAAGAAGAUAAAUAUGAAGAAGAAAUCAAGAUUCUCUCUGACAAGCUGAAAGAAGCUGAAACUCGUGCAGAAUUUGCAGAGAGAACUGUUGCCAAACUGGAAAAGUCUAUUGAUGACCUGGAAGAAAAACUUGCUCAAGCCAAAGAGGAGAACCUGGGCUUGCACCAGACACUGGACCAGACGCUAAACGAACUGAACUGUAUAUGAGUGGCUCAGAGCUGCCAGCAGGCGCCACCCUGCCCCUGCCUCGCUCCUCUCCCCCCUCUCUCUCUGUAUCCCGGACGAGCCACUUAAGUUAUGCCCGGCACAGCCGCGCCGCGGGCUCCGGGCAUCCCUGGGGCCGGGGAGCCCCGUGCCCGUGCCGGGCCGUGGCUGCUCUCACGGUUCCUCUGUCCUUUCGUGUAAACCCCGGUGGGAGCCGCACCCGAGCGGCGCCACCGCCUCCGCUGCCGUUUCUUAUUAAACAAUUUCUCACAGUA